UUGUGUUCAGGUGUAAAACCGUCCUAAAAACAUUCUUACUCCCGUUUACAUAACUUUCCCUCUUGGAAAUUUACCCUAAAUUGAGUAAAAAUAAUAAACUGUGAUAUAAAAAACAAUUGCUCGCUUCCCUAACAAAUCAUCACCUGAUAAUUAGUUCACAGAAGAAGAGGUUUAUAGUUGUGGUGACGGCGCUUAUCGCCCACUCCACUUCAAUCCCGAAUUACACCCAGGUUUCAAGUACUUUCAAUGGGUUCAUGAUCUGCAGCUGCUGGAUAUAUUGUAUAUGAUGUUGUACAGCUCUUUAUGUGCUUGGAUCAACCAGUUCCUUGCUUGCAUGGGGAUCUACACACGGGGAGGACGAUUGGAAUUGCUAAACAAAGAGAUGGCCUGUACUACCUUGUACUACCUUGAUGCACUGUUUGUCUCCAAACCUCCACAAAAAGCUCUUACCACAAUCACAGCCAAUACCAACACUAUUUGGCUUCACCACAAGCGUCUUGGUCAUCCCUCUUUUCAUGUCCUAAAAACCAUGUUUCCCAGUCUUUUUAGUAGUAUUGAUGUUUCUACAUUUCAAUGUGAUGUCUGUGAACUUGCUAAACAGUCUCGUGUAUCUUUUUCCAGAAGUAAUACAAUCAGUUGUUCUCCUUUUGAUAUUAUACAUAGUGAUGUCUGGGGUCCUGCUCCAAUUGCUAAUAUAUCUGGUGCCCGGUGGUAUGUUACAUUUAUUGAUGAUUGUACACGUUUUAUGUGGGUUUUUCUGCUAAAAAACAAGAGUGAGGUGAGUUCCAUCAUUCCUAUCUUUUGCAAUAUGAUUCAUAAUCAGUUCUCCGCCACAAUAAAACGCUUCCGCACUGAUAAUGCUCUUGAAUACUUCAAUCAAACCGUUUCCUCUUAUUUCCUCUCAAAAGGCAUUGUUCAUGAGUCCUCUUGUCCGUACACACCACAACAGAAUGGCACAGCAGAAAGAAAAAAUCGCCAUCUCCUAGACGUCAGUCGGGCUUUAUUGUUUCAAUCAAAUGUGCCUAAACACUAUUGGGGGGAAGCCACACUCACAGCAUGUCAUCUCAUCAAUAAAAUUCUCAGUCGGGUACUCCAAAAUAAGUCACCCCUUGAAUCUCUCCGUCAUUUCUUUCCUCAAACCAGAAUUUCUUCUGAUCUUGAUCUAAGGGUGUUUGGGUGUACUUCAUUUGUUCAUAUUCCUCCACCUCAUAGGGGAAAAUUGGACCCACGAUCUAUUAAGUGUAUCUUUCUUGGUUAUUCUCCAACUCAGAAAGGAUAUAAGUGCUAUAAUCCUACAACCAGAAAGACAUACACCAGUGCAGAUGUGACCUUUCACGAAGACACACCUUUUCACACUCCUACUUCUCUCCCUGUAUCCCAAGAUACUCCACAUCCUUCACCUCUGCCCACCUAUACUAUUACAUCUUCUCCACCACAUACAAUCUCCUACCCUCCUAAGCCUUUAUCACCAGACAUCCCAUCACCACCACCACCACAUGAUCAUCCAUCACCUUCCUUAGAUGUGUCAGCAACCUCACCUACUUCCCAACAGUCUUCAACAUCACCUGAACCUCAAUCAAAUACACCACCAGAUCAUCCCAUUCCUACACCUACUAAAUCCACCACUCAUGACCCAUCUUCUCCUCUACCAGUGACAAAAGUGUACUCAAGGAAAAACAGGUUCACUCCAUUGUUGACGCAUGACCAAUUGGCUGACCCAGGUAAUGUCUCUUCUUCUCCACCACCAUCUCCGCCAAUUGCUUUACGCAAGGGUGUACGUCAAUGUACCAAAACACCUCUAUACCCUCUUGCUAAUUUUGUUACCAUUGAUAACUUCUCUCCUUCACAUGCCUUGUUUGUUCAGAGACUUGAUGAAAUUCCCAUACCCAACUCUGUUUCUGAGGCAUUAGGAAAGAAAGAAUGGAGGGAUGCUAUGCAAGAGGAAAUUAGAGCUCUUGAAAAGAACCAUACUUGGGAUAUUGUGACUAAACCUCCUGGGAGGCAUGUUGUUGGUUGCAGGUGGAUCUUUACUGUCAAAUACAAGGCUGAUGGAUCUCUUGAGCGGUACAAAGCUCGUCUUGUGGCUAAAGGAUACACUCAGACGUAUGGGAUUGACUAUCAAGAGACCUUUGCUCCUGUAGCUAAGCUCAAUACUGUCCGUAUCCUACUAUCCUUGGCAUCUCACUUUGAUUGGCCUUUAUUGCAAUUUGAUGUCAAGAAUGCUUUUCUCCACGGUGACUUGCAUGAUGAGAUCUACAUGUACAUUCCCCCAGGCUUUAAUAAAACAUCAACAAGAACCUCUACACAUGUAUGUCAUUUAAAAAAAGCCCUCUAUGGUCUCAAGCAAUCCCCUCGUGCUUGGUUUGACCGCUUCACACAGGUUGUUCUUGCUGCUGGGUAUAGUCAAAGCCAAGGGGAUCAUACUCUUUUUUACAAACACUCUCGCCCAAAUGGAGUCACUAUUGUUUUGGUAUAUGUGGAUGACAUCAUUGUGACGGGUAAUGAUCCAGUUGAGAAACAACGUCUUGAGGGGCAGCUGAAAUCCAAAUUCGAGAUGAAGUCUCUUGGCCCUCUAAAAUACUUUCUUGGAAUUGAAGUUGCUCGCUCAUCUGAAGGCAUCUUUAUCAGCCAACAAAAUACAUUACAGAUUUGUUAAAUGAGACCGGUAAGAGUGCUUGUCGACCGGUUAAUGCACCUAUGGAUCCUAAUCACAAGCUUGGACUUGCUACUGAUGAACCCAAGGUUGAUUCAUCAAUGUAUCAGCGCUUGUGUGGCAAACUUAUCUAUCUCUCUCAUACUAGACCUGACAUUGCCUAUGCAGUUAGUGUUUUGAGUCAGUUCAUGCAUGAUCCAAGGAAACCACAUCUAGAAGCAGCCUAUAGGGUUCUUCACUACCUAAAAGGAAGUCCAGGGCAAGGGAUAAUAUUCAGGAAGGGUGGGCAAUUAUCAGUCCAAGCCUUCACUGAUGCAGAUUAUGAUGGCUCCCUCGUUGACCGCCGGUCAACUACUGGUCUCUGUGUUUUCCUAGCAGGAAACCUCGUGACAUGGAGAAGCAAAAAACAGAAUGUUGUGGCACGAUCAUCUGCUGAAUCUGAGCUAAGAGCUCUUGCCCAUGGCUUAUGUGAACUUCUAUGGAUCAGAAUUAUUCUCUUAGAUUUACGAAUCAAGUGGAAAGGACCAAUGGAAUUGAGGUGUGAUAACAAAUCAGCAAUCAACAUAGCUCAUAAUCCAGUCCAACAUGAUCGGACCAAGCAUAUUGAGAUUGAUAGGCACUUUAUCAAAGAAAAGGUUGAAGGAGGUCUGAUCGAACUAAGCUACACUCCCUCAGAAGAUCAAGUUGCAGAUGUGUUUACCAAACCUCUGCACAGUCCUAGGUUCCAGGGUCUUAUUGUCAAGCUAGGCAUGACGGAUAUCUACAAACCUAGCUUGAGGGGGAGUGUUGAUAAAACGAAGAGACAUCAUUAAUCUAGGAUUUAUUUUCCUUAUUAUUACUGUAAUUAUGUAUCUUUAGUGCUUCAGGUUGUAUUUAAUAGCUGCUGUCUUUUCAGUUCUCAAUCAUUUAUGUUUAGUAUUUAGACAGUCACCUAGGGUGCUGAAUAGACUCUCUCAGGAUUCCUAUCUGUAUAAAUAGCUUAUGUACUUCUUGUAAAUGCAUUCAAGGAAAUAAUAUUCAGAAAACUUCAGUAUCAAAAGCUCUGCUACUCCCUCUGAAUUCACUCUGGCAUCCACAUCUUCCUCAGGAGCAACCUGCAGCUCCAUUUCUUCAGUCAAGCACUUAGGAAGAGGCUGAAAAGAAGUGUUAGGAGCUAACACUUUCUUGAGUAGAGAAACAUGAAAGAUUGGGUGAAUUCUACUGUCACUUGGUAGCUUGAGUUUAUAGGCUACAGAUCCAACCCUCUCGAGGAUCUCAAAAGGCCCAUAGAAUCUGGGGCUUAGCUUUUGGUUUCUCCUUUUUGCCAGGCUUUGCAGUUUAUAAGGUUGUAACUUUAAGUACACCAAGUCUCCUACCUCCAUCUGUACUUCCCUUCUGUGCUUAUUGGCUUGUUGUUGCAUCAAAUUCUGGGCUGCAGCUAAGUUCCCUUUCAGCUCCUCCAACAUGGCAUUUCUUUGGGCUUCUCAGUUGAGACACUUCUUCUAGAGCAGUUAAGGUUACAUCACCCCUAAUAACUGCAGGGGGUUCUUGUCCAAAAAGAGCCUUGUAAGGUGUUAGUUUCAGGGAAGAAUGAUAAUUCGUAUUGUACCAGAAUUCAGCCCAGUGUAGCCAUUGCUUCCAUUGCCUAGGUUUCCUCCCUGUAAGACACCUUAAAUAGGUUUCUAAGCAUCUGUUCACCACCUCCGUUUGCCCAUCUGUUUGGGGAUGGUAGGUUGUACUAAAUCUGAGUUGAGUGCCUGUCAGCCUGAACAGUUCUGACCAGAAAGAACUCAUGAAUAUGCUAUCCCGAUCACUUACAAUGGUCUUUGGGAAACCGUGUAGUCUCACCACUUCUUUUGUGAAUAAUUCAGCUACUCCCUUAGCAUAAAAAAGGUGAGAUAGGGCUAUGAAAUGGGUAUAUUUUGUUAGUCUGUCAACAACAACCAAUAUAGUAUCACAACCAUGGGAUUUAGGAAGGCCCCCUAUGAAAUCCAUGCUGAGAUCUGUCCAGAUAUUAUUGGGUAUGGGUAAGGGUUGCAACAAUCCAGCCGAUUUGAGGGCCUGGUACUUGUUGGUUUGACAAACUGUACAUCCUUCCAUAUACUUCUUGAUGUCAGAUUUCAUACCAUGCCAGUCGAAUAAGUUGGUUAUUCUCUUCAUCGUUUGAAAAUACCCUGAAUGCCCUCCUACAGAAGAGUCAUGGUACUCCCUCAUAAUUUUAAGUAUUCUAGGAGACUGUUUUGGUAGAACCAGCUUCUCCUUGUGAUAUAACAAUCCUGCUUUCAUAAAAAAAUCUGGGUAAUUAUCAGGUUGUGCUAUUACAUUCUGAAUCAGCUCCCUGCAUCUAGGGUCUGACUGUAGCUCCUCCUCCAAUCCUUCCCACUCUUGACACGUGACAAUGGAUAAAGAGUGUAGGGCUGGUCUUCUGGAUAGGGCAUCUGCUGCUCUAUUUUCUACCCCAGGCUUGUAUUUGAUUAUGAAAUUGUAGCCGAGUAGUUUAGAUGUCCACUUCUGCUGCUCUUCCCCAAGUAGUCUUUGUUCAGCUAAAAAUUUCAGGCUCUUCUGGUCGGUAUGAAUCUCAAAAGUUCUCCCCAAUAGAUAGGGUCUCCAUUUCUGCACCGCUACUACUAUGGCCAUCAGCUCUCUUUCAUACACAGGCCUGCCCUGAUUCCGUUUAGAUAGUUCCUUGCUCAUGUAUGCCAGGGGCCUUCCUUCUUGCAUUAGAACGGCCCCAAGACCAGUUCCUGAGGCGUCAGUCUCCAAUAUGAACAACUUGUUGAAAUCAGGUACUGCUAGAACUGGUAAGGAAGUCAUAGCCUUUUUUAAUUCCUCAAAAGCCCUGGUGGCUGAAGUGUCCCAUUUGAAGCUGUCCUUCUUAAGCAGUUGGGUGAGAGGUUGAGCCAGUUUGCCAUACCCUCUGACAAAUCUUCUGUAGUACCCGGUCAGCCCCAGAAAACCUCUCAAGCCCUUUAGAUCUCUAGGUACUGGCCAGUUCACCAUUGCCUCAAUCUUGGAAGGGUCAACUGAUACUCCUUCUCCAGAGAUUAUAUGCCCCAAAUAGACUAGCUGAAAUUGUCCAAACGAACACUUCUUUAGAUUAACUACUAACUGAUUCUCCUUCAAUGCUCUUAGGACACUCCUUAGAUGCUCUUGAUGCUCUUCCCUGUUCUGGCUAUAUACAAGUAUAUCAUCAAAGAAAACCAAAGCAAACUUUCGUAAGAAUGGCCUCAAAACCUGGUUCAUGAGAGACUGGAACGUGGAGGGGGCAUUAGUUAACCCAAAUGACAUUACUAGAUAUUCAUAAUGACUAUUAUGAGUUCGAAAUGCAGUCUUUUGGAUGUCUGCUUCUUUCAUUCGAAUCUGAUGGUACCCAGAUUUGAGGUCUAACUUGGUAAAAAUGGUAGCUCCACCCAGCUCAUCCAUCAGCUCCUCAAUGAUUGGUAUGGGAUAUUUAUCAGGGAUGGUAAUCUGAUUCAGUGCCCUGUAAUCCCCACAGAACCUCCAACCCCCGUCCUUCUUGGCCAGCAGAAUUGGGCUGCUAUAUGGGCUGUUGCUGGGUUUUAUAAUUCCUGCCUGCAGCAUUUCCUUGAUGAUCUUCUCUAUUUCAUUCUUUUGAUACUGUGGGUAUCUGUAGGGCCGUAUGUUAGGUAUGUCUGCUCCUUUGAUUUUAAUAGCAUGGUCACAUGUUUUAUGAGGGGGUAACCCUUGCAUGGGAGUUGUUACUUCUGGAAAUUCUGCCAUUAUAUCUUCCCAAAUGGGGUCCUUUUUCAACUCCUUCCUUCCUUCUUCUAACCUGUGUUCACAAAAUACAAGAUACCCAUCCCCAGAAUGCUGUAUGAUGCGUGCCAUGGUCUGCAAAGAGAUUUCAAUAGAGUUUAGUUGGGGUUCUCCCUGUAUGAUCUGAUUUGUCCCCAACUGCUGCCACUGUAUUCUUUGUUUCCGAAAGUUCACUUCUACAUCCCCCAAUGUGGUUAACCAUUCCAUUCCAAGGACUAAGUCAGUUCCCCCAAGUUCUAGUAUAUAGAAAGUCUGCUGGAUAAUAGUGCCUUGUACUAUGAGAACCAGAUCCUCACAUCUGCCAUUAUUGGUUACCUUAUCACCAUUCCCUAUCUGCACCUUGUAACCCGGAAUAGUUUGAUAAGGUAUUCCCCAUUGAUCCACCAAUUUUUGUGAUAUGAAGUUGUGGGUGGCCCCACUAUCAAUCAACACUUCCACCUGUUUCUCACCUUGGACCCCUUUAAUAUGCCCUGCACCUUGAAAGCCCUCAGUGAGGGGAUCCCUUCCUUACUUAUCACAGACAGUUGCAUGGAUUUAGACUCCAUGUGAGCCACUUCCUCUUCUUCAGCUUCAGGUUCCAGCACCUCUAAUUCCUCUUCCUCUUCAGAAUCUUCCAGCAGAAUUAAUUUAUAAUUUUUCAUCUUGCAGGUGUGUUCUUUGCUCCAUUUAUCCCCACAUUUAAAACACAGUCCUCUUCUACUCCUUUCUUGGUAUUCCUCCUGAGACAGUUAAGGUGCUACCCUUCUUAUCCCUGAGGGAUUUAUUUCCGUCACCUUCGCCCCCAUGUGAUUGACCCAAGUUGGGUUCCCUUUAGCUUCUCCAGUAUUUCUGCUUCCAGUCGGGUUCCCUGAACUCCCAGACUUGGUUUUAUACCCUUCACCCCAAACUGGGGAUCUAUAUUGCAUAGGCCCCUUGUUCCUCCCUUCAUUUAUGUCUGCAAUUUUACUCCUCCCAUACACAGCUUCAUUUCUCUGCUCAAUCAGUAAAGCCCUAUCCAUGAUAGCAGAUAGGGAUCUGGAAUUAUAGAGUUUGUGUUCUGUUUUAACUUCCUCCUUCAGGCCAUUGAUAAAAAUGCCUCGCAGUAUACCUCUGUCAAUAUCCUUCUGCGGAGCUAUAACCAUGUCAAACUCCUCCCUUUACUCUUUUACUGUCCCAUUUUGUUUUAAACUGAGCAUAGGACCAUACGGAUUUUGUAUCAAGUCCGGUUGAAACCUACGGAUCACAACAUCCUUCAAAUUCUCCCAAGUUCUUUCCUCAGCCUGAUGUUCCCACCAUUGGAACCAAUUCAAAGCCCUGUCCUCCAUGGCCACAACCGAUACUUCUACCUUAUCCUCCUCUUCAAUCCCAUUCAAUCUGUAAUAGCGUUCCAUCCUUACUAUCCAGUUAUACGCUCCCUCCCCAUUGAACAACGGCAGAUCCACCUUCCUACCCGUUCGAACACGGUGAGCAGAGACGGGGGAGUGUACAGAAUUACCUCUCGAAUGAGACUGGCUGGGCGGUUGUCGCGCGCGAUGGUGAUGAGGUGAUCGCGACCUUCCCCUGACAUGUUCGCUCCUGUUCUGAUAAGCCGCCAUCGAUGUUGCGAUGCUAUUCUGGAUCUGUUCAUUCAUCGCGGAAGUGAGGUUCGCGAUGGUGGCCCUCAUCUCCUGCUCAAAAGCCUCCAUGCGAUGCUCCAUUUUAGAUCUCGUUUUUACCAUCCACAACUAAAAACGAGAGCUCAGUUGUCUUCGACCUUGGAUUGCGAUCCCCAGGGGGUAUGCUCUGAUACCAAUGAUAGAUCACUGGAAUCUGCAAAGCAACCAAUAAAAGAAGCACAGAGAAAUGGAAGGAAUAGAUCGUAAUGGCUUUAUUCCUCCAACUGAACAGAUCACGGGGAUACAGUGCUCAUGGGCUUAUUCGAGAUGCCCAGUCUCCAAAUCCUUACCCAACAGAAAAUACAGCCUACUCAGAAAUAGAAACUAGGUUACUAUUUAUAGUCACGUGUCCACGCAGGGACAAAAUAACAUAACUAAAUAAUUGGCUAAUUAAAAGCUACCCUCCCCUUCCUCCGUGUGUAAACUUUAUCAUAAUAUUUAACAGGUAGCUGAGUUGAAUGUCUAUCAAAGGAGUUGGUAGGAUACCAUCCUCGAUAACUGUGUUAGCAACACGCCUGGGAGGAAACUGUCCAGAUGUCUGUGGUGGACGACCAUGUAAUUUCCAGCAAUUCUUCUUCACAUGACCCUCAGCUCCACAGUGAUAACAUGUGCGAUAAGAGUUACGAGUCCCUUCAGUAGUGACUGAAUUGGUCCUUUUACCAUGGCUCACAUCACUGACUAAGGCAAUAGUAUCAAUCGAGUUCAUCAUUCUGGAUUCUCCAUCUUUGCACAUUGGAAGGAAACGUCCAUAGAGGUCAGAAAAACUAGGAAGGGUCCCACCAGAGAGUAUUUGACUCCUCGAUACCUCAUAUUGUGGACCAAGCCCAGCCAAAACACCAUGAACAAAUGUUCGCUCCUCUUGUUCUUGCAUACUCUUAACAUCAGUAUUUGUUCUUGCUAAUGAGUAAUGAUACUAUCAAUAGAGGGAUCCAGGGUAUUCUGAAUUUGAUUGAACAACCUAUCAUCGGCCAUCAUCCAUUCCUUUCUUUCAUCAGGAUUACUUUUUGGAGGAGCCAUUUCAGUUAGAUGAUCUCCCAGAUCAAGACUAUUAGCAUAACUUGUAAUAGCCCGUUUCCACUGCCCGUAAUCUUUACCACCAGUCAAUUUUCUCUCUGUAAUUCUAUCAUUACCGACCGUAAUCUCAGUUACGCUCUUCUUAUCAUCACCCAUGCUUGCAAACAACUAGGGCAAGAGUGAUAACAAGAACAGGGUAAGAGAACUGGUGCAGAUAGUGUCCAGAAAAUCAGACCUGCGACAACUGUGCUGCACUAUCCGGAUUACCACGCCUGCGCCUGCGAACAACGUCCUGCGUCGCACAAAAGAAGGCUGAACUGAACCAGAGGGAGAGAGCAGAUCAAACUUCGGGAAGUACUACCCGAAGAACCUGUGUGGCUCUGAUACCAUGUAAACUGAGUAACAGGGAUUAAAGAUGCAAUGAAAUCACACUUGAUUAUCAAUAGUGGCUGCUUUGGUUGCUGUGGAAAAUCUCGACCAAUAACAGCAGUGGAUGAGCCAUCAAAAGGACUUCGAAUUCAAGGGAGAUUGGUGAAAAGGCGUAAUAGCAUAUCUGAAGAUUUCUGGAGCAGCAGCACAAUUGAGAUGGAAAACAGCACUGCUCAAUCUCAAAGAAGUUUUUCAUCGAUCAGUAUUUCGAACCCGCCUAAUCCGACCAAUGAUCAGAAUUGUGGCUCAGGAAACACUAGCCACCAUCCUGAAUUUGUAAAUCAUGGAUAUCUUCUUUGGAACCAGACCAGGCUACAGUGGCUUCAGAGUAAAGAACCGGACACCAAAAGAAAAGUUCAGGAGCCAGUACUAAAUUGGAAUGCUACUUAUGAAAGCUUACUCGGCACUAACAAAUGUUUUCCUCGUCCAAUUCCUCUCACAGAAAUGGUUGAUUUUCUUGUGGAUGUAUGGGAGCAAGAAGGAUUAUAUGAUUAGCAACGCUGGCCUUGAGUUCUGGAAAAGAUUUGUGUAUAGUUGAGUUUCCAUAAGGGAGAAGCUGAUGAGAGGGGAGGAAGAAAGGUGGAUGAUAUUAAGCAGUGGGUUUUUACUUCCAACAAAAGUUUUUUUUUUCUUUCAAGUUUGUCAAUUGCCAUUACAAAUGCUUGUGAUUAUCCAAUUGUAAAUGCAACAUAGACUUGGGACUUAAAAAACUAAGCUAUGUGACUCACAUAAUGUGUGUUUCUCCAUGAAUGAAUUGUCAAAAAGGAGAGAGCAAAUUUAUUGAAGCUGCAAAAAAUCUCCAAGCUGACAUUUCAAGAUAUGUGAUGCAAAUAUGAAACCAACCUAUUGGUCACAUUUAAUAUGGAGUGUUUUUAGUGUCUACUGUCUAGUCCAUUAUGUUUUUAC